AUGAGCGAUCCGACUAUCCAUGACGCUUACGACUUCGUGGCCAUCUGCGGCGCAGGAUCCUUUGGGAAGGUACACAAGGUGCGCUCAAAGGAGGAUGGCCAGAUUUACGCAUGCAAGGAGAUUAACUAUGCUAAGAUGAGCUCCAAGGAGAAGGAACUUCUGGUUUCCGAGGUCAACCUACUUCGCAAACUAAAUCACCCCAACAUCGUCAAGUACAUCCGCAGGUACCAGGACAAGGCGGCUACCCUAAUCUACAUAGUGAUGGAUUACUGCAGUAAAGGCGACCUGUCCGACUACGUCAAGAUGCACAAGAAGACAAACCAGUAUAUUUCGGAAGACAAGAUCUGGUCUAUCUUCGCCCAGCUUCUGAUAGCCCUUGAUUACUGCCACUCUCCAAACAAGCCCGAUAGCUCUGGGGUUGGCAGGGUCAUCCACCGUGAUCUCAAGACGGCCAACGUCUUUCUUUGCGAAGACGGGUCAAUCAAGCUGGGGGAUUUCGGGCUCUGCCGCGUUCUGGAGCAGAGCACCAUGGCGAAGACAAACGUCGGCACACCCCUUUACAUGGCGCCAGAGCUUUUGGAAAACAAGUCGUACACAGAGAAGGUUGACAUUUGGUCAUUAGGCUGUAUCAUCUACGAGCUCUGCGCCCUCCAGCCCCCUUAUGUAGCUACGUCUCUCGACUCCCUGAAGGCAAAGGUGAAGCGUGGGGUGCGCCCCUUCGUGCCCAACCACUUUAGCCCUGACCUGCGAAGGAUUAUUGACAUGAUGCUCAUCAAGGAGCCCGAGAAAAGGCCAUCCACCACCGAACUGAUUCAACUGCCUGUCAUAGCAAAGCUUUUACAGGGCUUGGCAUACGAUCCCGCCAGAAACUGUCGAGGUCUUCAGCGGGUCGAGCAGAUGACCCCCGUGGACCGUGCUAUGGGCGGAAACCUCCGUGCUCCUUCCCGCGGAAUGGCUCCACCACCAUCUGCAGGCUACAAACCAGUGAAUGGCAGGUAUAGUGAUGGUGAUUUGGAUGCGUGGGAAGAUCGUCUGAAGGAGCGGGAGGCAGCACUGGCCAAUUGGGAGGAUGCCAUAUCUGAGAAGGAAACGAAUCUGAAAGAGCGUCUUGCUAAGGCCGGUUUGAGGUAG